UGGAUUGCUGCUAUUACGAAGGAUAUUAAUUUUGUUUGUCGAAUGAAUAUUCCUUUCUACGACGAUAGACAGUUUAAGAAAAAUAAACAAAAUAACUGCUUGGAUCCUAUGGACGAAUUGCUGCACGAAUCCAUCUCUAAAGUAUGUAUCCUCCUAUAUGAUUAUAUGCCGACCAAAUUAUAUCAUAUUUGACAUAUUGCACAAGGUAAAAUUAGCUCCGUAAGCGACGGCAUCCUUAACUUAUGCAGUCAAACAGACACAAAAACUACAACCUCUUUAUGAUUUUUCUUUAUUUUCUUGGUUAGUGUUUGUGGUUUAUUUACGCUCAACAGGUAUUCUCAUCAUAUGAAAUAUAUAUUCUAAGCGCCCGGGUAUAAUAUAAACAAAAAUACGUGUAAUGAUGCGACUCAUUGACGUCAAGCAUAUAUCAGUAUGAGUUCAUAAUAUCUGCAGCAUGAAAGAUUUAAAUGAACAUUCAUGUCUCACUGUAAAGGCAAUUCUAAAUAGAAAAUAGAAUACCAAUCAAUAUGUAUCCAAUGUCCUUAGCUAGUGAACGAUAUGGAAAUACCCUUACAAGAAAAGCUUGGGUCUACAGUAGCCCAGGAGAACCACAGAAUGUUCUUAGGCUUGUCAAUGGAUUUCCUGGUUUUAGAAUUGAACAGUUAAAGCCAGGAGAUGUUAUCGUCGAUAUCGAAGCUGUGAGCAUUAACCCAGUUGAUUAUAAACUCAUGCGAACCUACCAAUUGGUUCAUAAGGCAAUGCAAAAGCCACCUGUGAUUCCUGGAUUCGAUUUUGCCGGAAAGGUAGUCAGUACGGGCCCGAGCGUUACUGGCUUGAAAGCAGGCGACCGUGUUUGGGGUAAACAGUCUUUAUCUCUCCAAAAAAAUCGAGGAGGGACCCUUACGAAUCAAAUCUGUUCGAAUGUUAAAUGUCUGCAUAUCAUACCUGAUUCCAUCAACUUCAAUGAUGCCGCUGCUUUUGGCACUGCCGGUGUAACUGCUUGGGAGGGUUUGGUAGAGCAUAUGAAAAUUAAACCAGGCCAAAAGGUAGUUAUUGUCGGAGCCAGUGGUGGUGUCGGAACAUUUGCCAUUCAAAUUGCAAAGGCUCUCGGUGCAGAAGUAACCAGCAUCAGUUCAACGAAAAAUAUUCAGUUAUGCAAGUCCUUAGGAGCUUUCCAUACCAUUGAUUACAAAUCCGAAGACGUUGUUGCUAAAUUAGCAGAAACUGGUCCUUACGAUUUUGUUUUUGACCUGAUUAAUGACAAUGGUCUUUACCGUGCUUCCUCUAAAUUUAUGAAACGUGAAGGAUCUUUUUUCGGUAUUGCAAGUGACAUAUCUUUGUCAUACAUUGGCAGUGUCAUGUCCCGCAAAAUGAGACCUAAAAUCUUCGGUGGCAGCUCAAACGCUUACCAUGAUUUUCUCGAGCAAGCGACGCCGGAAGCUAUUAAAAACUUUUCUAACUUUGUUGCUAAGAAUAAAGUAGAAACUGUUAUUGAUAGCGUUUACAAUUUCGACCAUGCCCUUGAUGCCUUUGAGCGUGUUGCUAGUCACCGAUCCCAAGGAAACGUUAUUGUUACAGUCAAUUAACGCUUUUCUUACUUGUAUAUAUUUUUUACUUUCUUUAUUACCAACGUUAUGCAAAAGCUUAUGCCUUGUUUAUGAACUUUUUGACUACGAUAUAUUUCUGUGUGGACGAGAAAACAGGACCGAUGAAAGCGGUUAGAAGUAUACUGAAUUUCCUAUAAUUAACGUUUUGCAUCGGUCCUCUUAUGUUCAUGAGAUGUAUGAUUUGCAAAAUACUUCCUUUGACUGUUUCAACAAAAUUAUAUGUAUA